CAAAUCCAACACAGAAUGAGAUCAAGAAAAAGAACAGGCUCGUACAGAUUGGAUUUCUCAAAUCUUGGCUAUUGUACGGAAUUGGAUUGGAGUGCAUUAAGCGGAAUAGAUGAGUAGUAGUACAUAACAAAACAUAGCCACCACAAAAACAUUCUCCAGAUCUGAAUCUUCAUCAAAUUGAAACGACAAAAUAAUCCUAGACUAAGAAAACAAAUCUCAAACCUAACUUGCACAGGAACAUGGCUGCGGCCGCCGCCGCGUCUUCCUGCGAUGACUCCCGUCGAGGAGGCUGGGGCGCUGCACCAUUGGUUGGGAGGCUGGGGCACUCCCAUCGAGGACCACAGCCGUGGCAUGGCUGACAGCGACUCAGCCACGAUGGGGGCGGCGGAGGCGCCAGAUCUCGGUAGCGACCGACCUCGUGCUCAUGCACGCCUCCGCCGUUCCGGCCGUAGCCUCGCCUCCAUUCCGGACGACGCCUCUGCGCGCCAACUAGAACCCCCAGUUCCGGCCGCUCUCUCGUCGUGUCGCUGCAAGUUGAGCUCCGCCUCGCCGCCGCUUUCCUGGAUGGAGACUGAGUCAGUCACAGGGGAGAGCUGACCACGGGAUUUAAGGCCACCUGCCUGGUACAGGUGAGCGGCCAACAUAAAGCGCAGCCAGCAAGAAUUCGUUCUCCUCACAACCAAACUCCAAACGUAUAGAACACCAUAAAUCGGUAAUCCAUCACCUCCCAGCACGUCCCUGUAUCAUGAUGCAAUCUCUCAUGAUCAGCAGCACAAGCUGUAAGAAACAUGGCUUUGAUCAUUCUUUCCAGGUGUGUCCUGCCAAGCUUUAUAAAUCACAUGAAGUAAUGAAGCAAGUACCAUCGAUCGGUUAUAUAUGCUCUCUCAUUCUCUCUUUGCUCUAUAUAAAAUCGGGGACACACUGGAAAGUGUGUGCCUCACACAUUUUGGCCCCCAUUGUUGCGGCUCCAAGAUACUAGUAAUGGGAACGGCGGAGGACGACGCGGCAGCGGGCGUGGACUACGCCGACAGGGCGCAGUGGCUCCGCGCGGCGGUGCUGGGCGUCAACGACGGGCUUGUGUCCGUGGCGUCGCUGAUGAUCGGGGUGGGCGCCGUGAACCAGUCCGCCAGGGCCAUGCUCGUCUCCGGGCUCGCCGGCCUCGUCGCCGGCGCGUGCAGCAUGGCCAUCGGCGAGUUCGUGUCCGUGCACGCUCAGUACGACAUCGAGGUGGCCGCGCGGCGGCUGAGACGCAAACGCGGCCUCGAGGAGGAGCCCGGGCAGCUGCCGAGCCCGGCGAAGGCGGCGGCCGCGUCGGCGCUGGCCUUCGCGGCCGGCGCGGCGCUCCCGCUGCUGGCCGGCGGGUUCGUGCGCCCGUGGGCCGUUCGGGUCGCUGCCGUGUGCGCGGUGACCACGGCCGCGCUGGCCGGGUUCGGGGCCGUCGGAGGGGCGCUCGGAGGCACCAGCCCGGCCAGGUCUGGCGCCCGGGUGCUGCUCGGCGGAUGGGCUGCCAUGGCCGUGUGCUACAGCGUGCUAUGGCUGUCCAGGCUCGCCAUGGGGGCACAAGUAUCAGGUGCCACUUGCUAAUACGGUGUCUUGGGCGGUAAUGUAUGUGUGUUGAACUGUGCAUGUGAAAUGUAUGAAC